AUGGGGAUAAUGCUACCAACAUGCCUUGGUAAAGGGCAUUGGACAAAAAGAGCUCACAGUGUUCUGAUUAUUGACAGUUAUUAUUUAUUUCCGUAUCUUUGCAGGCCCAACGCUCACCGGACCCUGCCUGAGAGAUCGGGUGUGGUGUGUCGGGUGAAAUACUGCAACAGUCUCCCGGAUAUUCCCUUCGACCCCAAAUUCAUCACAUACCCCUUCGACCAGAACAGGUUUGUGCAGUACAAAGCCACCUCUCUGGAGAAGCAGCACAAACACGACCUCCUCACCGAGCCGGACUUGGGCGUGACCAUCGACCUCAUCAACCCCGAUACGUACCGCAUCGACCCCAAUGUUCUCCUGGAUCCAGCCGACGAGAAGCUGCUGGAGGAGGAAAUCCAGGCUCCCACCAGCUCAAAGAGAUCCCAGCAGCACGCCAAAGUGGUACCGUGGAUGAGGAAGACGGAAUACAUCUCCACCGAAUUCAACCGCUAUGGCGUGUCCAACGAGAAGCCGGAGGUCAAGAUCGGCGUGUCCGUCAAGCAGCAGUUCACGGAGGAGGAGAUCUAUAAGGACCGGGACAGCCAGAUCGCUGCCAUCGAGAAGACUUUCGAGGAUGCCCAGAAAUCGAUAUCCCAGCAUUACAGCAAACCUCGUGUUACUCCCAUGGAGGUGAUGCCCGUGUUCCCGGACUUCAAGAUGUGGAUCAACCCCUGCGCCCAGGUCAUCUUCGACUCAGACCCAGCCCCCAAGGACACCAGUGGGGCUGCGGCCCUCGAGAUGAUGUCUCAGGCCAUGAUCAGGGUGCGGCUGAGCAAGCGCAGGGCCAAGGCGGGCGUGCAGUCGGGCACCAACGCCGUGCUGGUGGUGAAGCACCGGGACAUGAACGAGAAGGAGCUGGAGGCUCAGGAGGCUCGCAAGGCGCAGCUGGAGAAUCACGAGCCGGAGGAGGAAGAGGAGGAGGAGAUGGAGAUGGACAAGGAGAGCUGUGGGGUGCUGACCCCUCUUCCCUUCACCACCCCCAGGUACGACUACAAGAUCGCCCGGGAGUACAACUGGAACGUGAAGAACAAAGCCAGCAAGGGCUACGAGGAGAAUUAUUUCUUCAUCUUCCGCGAGGGUGACGGGGUCUACUACAACGAGCUGGAGACCCGGGUGCGGCUGAGCAAGCGCAGGGCCAAGGCGGGCGUGCAGUCGGGCACCAACGCCGUGCUGGUGGUGAAGCACCGGGACAUGAACGAGAAGGAGCUGGAGGCUCAGGAGGCUCGCAAGGCGCAGCUGGAGAAUCACGAGCCGGAGGAGGAAGAGGAGGAGGAGAUGGAGAUGGACAAGGAGGCCCAGGGCUCCGCGAGGCCGGAAGGCAGCGAGAGCGCGGAGGCGCAGGAGGAGGAGGAGGAAGGGGCGUCAGGCAGCGAGAGGGCGGAGGCCAGCGGCGCAGCGCCAGCGGGCUCGCGUGAGGCCGCGAGGAGGAGAGCGGUGCGGCCGCCGAACAAGGAGAGAUCUUUUGGCAGCGACGCGACGUGAUCGGCGAGGGGGCGGGGGCGGCGCAGCCCCGGGAGGAGGACAGCGGCAGCAGGGGGGGCCGGUCGGCGCCGGGCCAGCCGCAGCCCCUUCCUCAGCGGCAGCGAGGGCUCCAACGCCGAGGAGGAGGAGGAGGACGAGCGCAGUGGGAGCGGCAGCGAGGCCGCCUCGGACUCCAGCGAGGAGGGGAGCGAAAGCGACUAAGUGGGCUUUGCUGGGGGGGGAGCCCCUUGCCCCCCCGCCACCUGGGCCAGCUCCACCCACUCCCUUGGGGGACCAUCGCUCCACCCUGCUGCCACCAGGAGGAUUUGGGCAUGAUGUGGGGGGCUCACUUGUGCUGGGAGUUGCUGGAAUCCCCCCCCAGCUUGGGAGGAAGUGGCUCUGCCUGGCACUCCUGUGCUUGGUCAGAGACCUGCUGGGAGUGCCCCUCCCACCCCAGGGGAUCCCCUCUGGCGCCCCCCGCAGACACUGGGGUGUUUUUAUUCUUCUGCUGUUUGUUUUGCCCCUUGUACAUACCAGCCUGUACCAGAACCCCCUCUCCGUUCUCAAUAAAAGGGUCUCUUCCUAAAA